CUCUCUCAAACCCUAGUUACGGCUCGGCUGCUGUUCGCCCACAGGGUUUCAGGCAAUUAGAAAGGUCUAGUUUUAUUGUGGAUUAGUAGCAAUGGCGCCAGCUAAAGCUGACAGUUCAAAAAAGCCUGAUGCAAAGGCACAGGCUGUCAAGGCUGCAAAAGCAGUGAAGUCUGGUCCAACCUUCAAGAAGAAGGCCAGUAAGAUCAGAACUAAGGUUACAUUUCAUCGCCCAAAGACAUUGAAGAAGGAGAGGAAUCCCAAAUACCCUCGCAUUAGUGCUCCACCCAGGAACAAGCUUGAUCAGUAUCAGAUUUUGAAAUUUCCUCUCACUACUGAGUCAGCUAUGAAAAAGAUUGAGGACAACAAUACCCUUGUAUUCAUAGUUGAUAUUCGUGCUGACAAGAAAAAGAUCAAGGAUGCAGUCAAGAAGAUGUAUGAUAUUCAGGCCAAGAAAGUUAAUACAUUGAUCAGGCCUGAUGGGACGAAGAAAGCAUAUGUCAGAUUGACACCGGAUUUUGAUGCCUUGGAUGUGGCAAACAAAAUCGGCAUCAUUUAAAUUAGUUACAGGCUGUCGCUUUCUAGUUCUCAUCAUUUUGUUUUGUUUCAGAGUAAGGUAUUUUUGCUGUGACAUCAAGCAGAGAGAUUUGCUAAAUUGCAGAGAGAUUUGCUAAAUUACUUCAAACUUGUAAACUUGUGGUACUGCUUUCUUGUUAUGUUCCAUCGUUUUUAAUAUAAUUGGGGACUUUAUAGGCUUGAAGUUUUC